GGCGGGCCGGGCCCGGCGGUACCGGCAGCGUUCGGGGGCGGCGCGGCGCCUCCACCCGCCCCCAGCGACUUCCCCCCCGCGCCGCCGCGGCCCGGGCUCGGCCGGCCGCACCGAGCAGGGGGAGCGACGUCCCGCCCUGCGGGCCGGCUCCUCGGCGCCGACCUCCUCUCGGCCGCCCCGCGGCCCGCCCCGGGGAGGGGCUUUCCCGCGGCGCCCCGGCCGCGCUGCGUUGCCGCACGUCCGCGGAGUCCCCGCUGCUCUUCCUCGCCGUGGCUGCGGCCUCGCCGAAGCCGGAGCCCCGCGGCAGGUCGGAGGUAGCACACAGGACACAGGAAGAAUCCAAAUACAACUGAAGACCAUGGCAACACACUGGAGAAUAAUCUUGACAGUAUUUGUGACAGCUCAAGUACUGUUUGUGGUAAAUGCCUUUGAGGAAGAGGACGUACCAGAGGAGUGGAUUCUUCUUCAUGUUGUCCAAGGACAGAUUGGAGCAGGAAACUACAGCUAUUUGAGACUAAAUCACGAGGGAAAGAUCGUUCUUCAGAUGCGGAGUUUAAAAGGUGAUGCAGACUUGUACGUGUCUGAUGUGACACUUCACCCCAGCUUUGACGAGUACGAGUUACAGUCUGUAACUUGUGGCCAGGACAUCGUCCAUGUGCCUGCACACUUCCGCCGCCCUGUGGGAAUAGGGAUUUACGGCCAUCCCUCUCACCUGGAGAGCGAGUUUGAAAUGAAGGUGUACUACGAUCGAACAGUUGUACAGUACCCAUUUGGUGAGGCUUCUUAUAACCCUGAGGAGAUGGAGGCAAACCAGAAAUAUUCCCAGUCUACAGAAGAUGAAUCUCAGGAUGAGGAGUCUGUUUUCUGGACGAUACUUAUUGGGAUCUUGAAAUUAAUACUUGAAAUCCUUUUUUAAAUUGAUAUACACUGGACUUAAGUCACACUUCAUCCUGUGAAACUGGUAUGAAUGACUUGCUGUAAUAUUUAAUACUCACUAUGUUUCCUGAAGAAAUAUUCAGGUUACAUUUCCUAAACCAGAAAGGAAGUGGGGAGAAAAAGCCAUACUUAAUUUUUUAUUGUAAAUCUUCCCCAAUAUGUAAAAUGAACAGCCAGCACAGUAUUUGCAGUGCUCUUCAGAGACCAGGGCUUAAAAAUGAAUGUAUAGUUUGGAUCUUGUUAAAUUCACUUAAAAUAGGUGCUUAGGAAAAUCAAUUCCAAUUCAGUAUUUUCUAUUGUUUUUUAUGAAGAAAAAUGAAUAAACUACUGCACUUCAGUCCCCCUCUCAAUUUAGAGCAUAUUUAAAAAUAAAACCCGCUUCUUUUCUCAGCAAGCAUCUCCAGUAAAACUGAUCAGCAGCGUGUUUGAGUGUAUUCAUGAAGUUGAGGGAGCUUAGGGUGAAGGAAGGAGAAAAUAAUCACCUAAGGGAAUAGAUGUUCUGUAUUUUGACUGUGUGUGCUCUACAUCACAUCAGCCAUCUGUCAAACAGAGGUUGGUCCAGUCACUCAUCACCACUACAAAUCCAUGACCUGAAUCAAGUGCAUGUUGCUUCUUUGCUGUUACUGCAGGGAGAGGGAGCCUUCAGUUGUUGCUACUUGUCAAUAUGACAUUUUCAUCUCCCAUUACAAACAACACAGCACAUAGGUAUCUCAAACUCGAGAGGUGCUUUUUUACACUUCCCUUGAUAGCUUUUUGUGAUUGUUUUUUGGGUUUUUUCCAAACACAUAUUUAUGAAUAAGUCAUUAGCUUGCAAGGAAAAUUUCUGCUGAAAGGGAUUUGCAGUGCAGUACAUUGUUAGAAGGUCAUCUCAUGCCCACUCUUCCUAACAGGAAUACUUUUUGCUUUGGCUGAGUCUGUCAGAAUAACCAGUUGCUAUGCAAAUAAAGUACAUAUAAAUUGCUCUGUAAUUUUCUUUCUACAGAGCUUACUGAUGAAUGCACUGAAAUAAACAAGUAUGUUACUAUAAUUUUAUACAAAUGCAUGUAUAAUUUAAAUUUCAUUACUGAAAGACUUUUCUGAGUGGGAAUUUGGCUUGCCUCUCAACAUCUGACAGGACAUUAGUGAUUUGUAUCACAAAAAAAAUCAAUAUAUAGACAAAGUUUAUUUAGUAAAAAGGAAAAAAAAAAAAAGUGGUAUUGCUCCUCUUAUAGAGUGGUUGAUUAAAUA